GGCCCCGCAGUCAGGAGCAAGGAGGUGCUGCAGAGCCGGAUCGUGGCUCACGCGCCUUGGGCCAAGAUGCCACGCUUCGCCUUGACCGUCAUCCGCCAUGGCGAAACAAGACUUAAUAAGGAGAAAAUCAUUCAAGGACAAGGAGUAGAUGCACCCCUUUCCGAGACUGGGUUUAGGCAAGCAGCUGCUGCUGGUCGGUUUCUGAGCAAUGUGCAGUUCACGCAUGCCUUCUCCAGUGAUCUCACGAGGACUAAGCAGACCAUACACGGCAUUUUGGAGAAAAGCAGAGUUUGCAAAGACAUGGCGGUGAAGUAUGACUCCAGACUCCGAGAAAGGAUGUACGGGGUCGCAGAAGGCAGGCCGCUAAGCGAGCUUCGGGCCAUGGCCAAAGCUGCUGGGGAGGAGUGUCCCAUGUUCACCCCACCUGGAGGAGAAACGGUAGAGCAGGUAAAAAUGCGUGGAAAGGAUUUCUUUGAUUUCAUCUGUCAGCUAAUCCUGGACAAGACAGGCCAGAGAGAAAGCGUCUUCCCUGGAGCGCCAAGCCACUGUUUGGAAAGCUCUCUGGCGGAGGUUUUCCCUGUGGGAAAACAUGGCAGCUUGGGGUCGAAUCCCAAAGGUGGCGCUCUGGGCUUAGCAGCCAGCAUCUUAGUUGUGAGCCAUGGAGCUUACAUGAGAAGCCUCUUUGGUUAUUUUCUGAGUGACCUCAGAUGCUCAUUGCCGGCAACAAGAGACAAAUUUGAACUUUCAUCCAUCACUCCCAACACUGGGAUCAGCGUCUUCAUCAUAGACUGCGAGGAAGCACGCGAGCCGUUGAUUCAGUGCGUCUGUAUGAACCUCCAGGAACAUCUCAACGGAGUGACUGAGAAACACUGAGUUUAAAGCCGUACAGUGGCGCCUCUGAGGGGAGUGCCUCGGCUUCUUGUGUUUUCGUCCUCUGCUCCUUCAUGUGAUAAAGACCCACCAGGGUUCUGGCUGUUUCAGACAGUAUUGGGAGUCCACUCACAGCCAACCUGGCUUUUCUGAGACAUCAUUUUCUACAGUGAUUUUGUCACUCCGUCCCAUUAUGUCUCUGAACUAUAUUAACUUUGAGGACAUUCAGCAUUGCACACAGGGGAUGAGUAGCCUUCUUUCCACAUGCUUCCUUCCUUUCAUUGGCCUUUUUUGAUGUCUAGAUGGUGUUGGCUUUUGAAGAUGAUUGUAUGAUUUUCCACUUGCUUACCAAGUGCUUGCAAGAAAGAACGGUUUAAAUAAUUUGCUGCAUAGUUGCAGUGAUUGUGUCAAAGUCCAAAGUGACCGAACCUUCUUACUGUCAUCAGUGUGUAAGGUAAAAUGGCUCUACGCUCUAGUGUCUUCCUGAGAAACUGGCUCUUGGGAUAUUAUUAUUACCUCAAAAUAUAGCUGAGGGACUG